AUGUCAUCUCUCUUCAAAUAUUCUACAGUUCUGCAGAUCAUCAAGGCGUGUGAGCACUGUCACAGAUUGAAGAGAGAGAAGAAGAAGAUGUUUAAAAAUAAUGUAGAUGAUGCCGCCUGUGAGAGAUUGAAGAAGAAGACAAAGCUGACAGAGAAGGAGGGAAUUAAGGCCUUAUUCAGGUCUCAAAUGCACUUCAUGAUUCAGAAUAUUGAGAAGACAGCUCUGCUCUCUGAGUAUGUCAAUCUGCUUGUCACUGAGAUGGAACCCGAGACAGCAGACCAGGAAAUGCAGGAUUUUGAGAUGCAGAUUGACCUAGCUGAGAGAGAGCAGCAGAAACCCUUCUCUGAGAAGGCAGUGAAGAGAGAUUUUGAGAUGAUUAUCAUCUCAGAUGAGAAGAAGAAGAAGGAGAAGAAGAAUGAGAAGUAA